GAUUACGAUUACUGUUCACUCAAAUACUGUCAAGCUUGGAUAACAAAAAAUCCAAUAAGACUUGAAGCUAUAAAAUAAACAGACAGUCUUCAUUAUGAGUAGUUGGGAGCGAGUACGUCUUCGCAUUGAAACUAAGCAGAACCUUGAAGAAGUGCAACCAGUUAAAAUGGCAGAUGAUGAUCGAACACUUUCAACUCACAUCUUAGACACUUCGAAGGGAACACCUGCACCAAAUGUACCUCUAACAGUUUUUCGUCUUGAAAAUGACUCAUGGAUCAAGCUAAAUCAAUCGCAGACAGAUCAUGAUGGUCGAGCUUGGAAGCUCCUAACCCAGGAACAAUUUCAAAGUGGUGUUUUUAAAUUAAGUUUCGAUGUGCGAAAGUAUUUUGAAGCCAAUCAAAUCAAGAGUUUUUAUCCUCUAAUUGAAGUGAUUGUUGAAUGUGAACGUGGACAACACUAUCAUGUUCCAUUACUUUUGAAUCCAUUUGGUUAUUCAACUUAUCGUGGAACAUAAUGAAGUAAUAAAAUUGAGUUGACAAUAAAAUAA